UUUUUACAUACACAAAACUCUCUCUAUCUCUCUCUAGAGCCUCAUCACUUGCUCUCUCUCUCUCUUUCUCUUUUUUCACAGCCAUUUGCUAGAUUUUCUCUCUCUUUUAUUUUCUGUGCUGUUCUUGUUUUCCUCAAAAGAGUUUUAUUUAUUUUCUCGAAUUUUCUCAGACGCAAGUUUUUUAUUGGCUUCUGUUGAAGAAAAGACUUUUCUGGGUUUUUUUUUCUUAGCAGUGAAGCUUCUCAAUAAUCUUAAAACUCAAAUCUCUCAAAGAGUCUAUCUAUAUUGAUAACUUGUUUGAAAAAGGAUGGGAAAGCAAGGGCCUUGCUAUCACUGUGGCGUCACAAGCACACCUCUAUGGAGAAACGGUCCACCAGAGAAGCCAGUAUUGUGCAAUGCGUGUGGUUCGAGAUGGAGAACGAAGGGAUCAUUAGUAAACUACACUCCCCUUCAUUCUCGUGCUGAAGUUGAUGAUAUUAAUGAUCACAGAGCUCCAAAGAUGAUGAUGAUGAACAAAAAGCUUCCCAAGAGGAAACCAUAUCAAGAAAACUUCACCGUCAAAAGAACCAACUAUGAAUUCAACAACGGUUUCAAGAAGAGGACCUUAGACGAAUUAGAAGCUAGCAACAGGUCUAGCUCAGGGUCGGUUGUAUCCAACUCAGAGAGCUGUGAUCAAUCUAAUGCGUGGGAAACUACUUUUCCUUCUAAGAAGAGAACAUGUGUGGUGGGCCGUCCAAAGCCGGCUUCUUCAGUUGAGAAGCUCACAAAGGAUCUCUAUAGUAUCUUACAAGAACAACAGUCUUCUUGUCUCUCUGGUACUUCAGAGGAGGACUUGCUUUUUGAGAACGAGUCACCGAUGGUGAUAGGACAUGGGAGUGUUCUCUUGAGAGAUCCUCAUGAGGAAUCUGAAGCUAGCUCACUCUUGGCUGAGAGCAGCAAGUCCUCAUCGAUGCAUUCUGCUGAAUUUGGGGUUAAUAAAAGCCAGAGAUCUCUAAAUUUUGGUUGCAGGACCAAACCUCAAGUCUUGGGAAGACGUAGUUUACCACUCUGUAACAUAGAUUUGAAGGAUGUUUUCAACUUUGAUGAGUUCAUAGAAAAGUUCACAAAGGAAGAACAGCAAAAGCUGAUGAAACUACUUCCUGGAGUUGACUCUGUUGAUCUUCCUGAAAGCCUCAGAAGCAUGUUUGAGUGUUCUCAGUUCAAAGAUAACUUCUCCUUGUUUCAGCAACUAGUUGCAGAUGGUGUCUUUCAGCCGUUAUCAUCAUCUUCUUCCUCUGGAUCAAAACUUGAAGAGCUUAAGACUCUGGCAAAGCUUGCUUUAUCUGAUCCUAACAAAUCCCAUUUGUUGGAAAGCUAUCAAAUGCUCAAGGAACAGAGAAAAGGGAUUGAAGACUCUGUUGCUAAACCAUCUGAUAAUCAUAGUUUAGUAACCAUUGAAAGACCUUGUGAAAGCCUAAACCAAAACUUCUCAGAGACAAGGACUGUGAUGAAGAGCCCAAAAGAAGUGAUAAAGAUUAGAUCAAAACAAAUCGAAACCAAAGAGAUUAUUGAGAAUAGUGUCUCUUCCUUUAACCAUAUGAGCUAUGGUGAGUCCAUGGUUUAUAGUCAUGAAGAUAAUGAUAUUUCUGAUCAGGAUCUUCUUCUUGAUGUGCCGUCGAAUGGAUCAUACCCUCAAGCAGAGCUUCUUCACAUGAUAUGAAAGAAGUGAAAGUUUCUCAGAACAAAGACUUAAAAAGACCUUUUCAAAGAUCUCUCUCUAUCUUAUCUCUAAUGAUUGAAGAGAAAACUCUCUUUUAGUCUUAUCUUGGCUGAGAAAUUGUGGCCAAAUGAGAUUUUCCUGCAUUAGAAAUUUCAAUCUGCAGAUAUAUAUA